AUGUUCGACUGGCUCAAUGCUCCGCAAGACUGCCCCUCCACGGCUCUGCAUUUCACUAAGAACACCCACCUCGAUGUGUACCCAGAAGUUGAUCCCACGGUGCCAGCAAAUAACUUGAGUGGGAAAGUCGUGGUCAUCGCUGGCACGUCCCGCGGUAUUGAAUCUGAUGGAAUGGUACCACCAUUUGCCAAGGCGGGUGUGAGGGCGAUCGCGCUGCUGGCUACCGAUGCUGAGAAGCUUGCCAGUACUGAGCGGAAGAUCAAAAAGAUCAAUCCCGCCGUUGAUACUCUGAUUUGUCCCCUAGAAAUAACCUGGGUCAAGGAUGCUGAAGAUACUUUUGCUGAUAUCAAAGCCCAGUUUGGACAUGCAGAUUUUCUUUGGCAAAAUUUUCAGGUCAACAGCAAAUUCACGUACCUCUUGAUACACGCCUUCCUCUGCCAACCGCCAUAUCCUGAUAUGCCAACGGUCAUAGUGAACGUAAGUUCAUGGCAGACUUUUUUCAUUGUGCCUCAGAUGAACGGCUACUUCAUGUCCAAGUUUAGCCUCGAUCAUUUAUCCACCUGCGUUGCAGCUGAGUAUCCGAGUGUGAUUGCGACAUCUUUGUAUCCGGGUUUCGUUCCUACAGACAUGUUUCGCGAGCCCUUCCGCACGCUCUUCGACCAUGCCAGUGCGGAACUCAUAGGGGGUACAGCUGUCUGGCUGUGUCAUGAGAAAACGAAGUUCCUCAGUGGACGAUGGAUCGCCACCAACUGGGACGUGGAGGAUUUGUUUGCAAGGAGGGAAGAAAUUUUGUCAUCGGAACAAUGGGCUCUAGGUCGUAUUGGGGUCACGUGUCUGGCGUCGCUCCUGCCAACACGAUGUUUCGGUCAGGGCUGA